AUGAACCGAGGCUUUACCAGAUAUACCACCAAAAACUGGACGAUUGGCUUAGGGUUGUCGCCAGCCGUCCUGCGGCAAGCGAAGAUUAUAGCAGAGAAGGCUGCCUAUUUCUCCGUCAGGGCGAUGUCCGAAAUGCAACGAUUCUACCCACCAAGGCUAAACCUAGAUCGCGUAUGGGUACAGGACGUCAAUCAGGCAGUGUAUGGCUCUGAGGGUAUCUGGAGCCACGACGGUGAUUCAACAGCCGCAAUCAUGCAAACCCUGUCCUGCAGAACAGAGUUCGAUGCCAACGCUGGCUGUCUUCGCAUCGGCGUUGGUACUGCCUUUCAUUCAGGCCGAGAGGCUAGGGAGUGGCUAGCUAAUCUUGCUGAGAAAGGAAUUCAGCACACACUACUUGCUGUGAAUAAUUGGGCCGAGCUUGGGGAUGCGUGGUAUGCGGCGUUGCACUGUGGGGUUCUCGGCUGGAAGUAA